UAUGUUCUCUUUCUCUUCCAUUUCAGGAGUCUGCAAAGCAGAAUUUGACAAUCUGGUCCUAUUUCUCACAUCCCCAAAACUGAAGAGUCAAGGUUUUCCUCCUGUGUCUCUUCCCUUUCAUUCUUCCAGCUUCAGAGGAGAAAACUCCCUUGUUGAAUGAACCAAUGCAUUACUGAGGAGAGCUCUAAGUCUUAGCUCUGGGUAUUUAGGAAAAGAAAGACCCCAGUUAAAAAACCAAAACACUUUUGGAUACUCUCUUGUUUUAAAUUCCAGUGAAAUUAGAGCUUUUUGAUAAGCUUGUAAGGAACUAUCAGGAUGGAUCCAAAUAUUCUUUUUCUUUCUUCUAAAUCUCAGACAUAUUCUCACAUGGGAGAAUCUAUGAAAGAAGAGGGAAGGAGCCCAUCUUCCAGAGGAUGUGGGCAAGACUCACCCAUUUCCUGGGACCAAAUCACUAUUUCUAACUUUGUUGAUUCUGACUGGUUUUGUGAUGAACACAUACAAGCUAAAAGGGCCAGAGUAGAAACUAUUAUACAAGGCAUGUCUCUUUCACCAAACCCACUGGCCCCCUUAAGCAAUUCCAGGGAAAAGGAUAGCAAGCCUCCCACAGAAAAAAGCAGGGAGAAUAAGAGGAAACAAAAACUUCCUCAGCAGCAGAAUCCCCAGGGGGGAGAGUGGUCAGGGGCCAGCACAGGAAACUGUAAGGGAGAAGGUCACCAUUUUAAGGAACAACUUCAGAUGCUACAGCAGCAGCUAAGACAUCUUCAAGAGAGACUCUUCCAGCUUUCUGAGCACAACAUCUUGGCUCAAAGCCAGAAAGACACUGAAAGGAAUAAGGACUCUCUAAAACACAAAAAUGAGGCAAACUAUGGCCAUUGGGCUGUAGGCAUUGACCAGUACAAGGAUCUCAAAAGGAACUUCACCAAAGGAGAGAAACCCAACACUUUUGAAGAGGAAAGCCAAUCUAGGGCUCCAUGGUUAAUAACUUAUGAAGAGAAAACUCUAUCAGAGAUAUUGAAGAAAGAAUUAACUGGGGCUGUGUCACAAGUUGUAGAUUCCGUAUUAAGAAAAGUAUUAUCAAAACCAUCAGGUCACCAGACUGAACUGGUAAAUGGCAUCCAAAUGCUAGGACAAGACAGAAAAAAUGGAUAUUCUACUACUACUACUACAGGGAACACAAGGAAAGAUCAGCUUUCUUUGGAAGACUUCCAGAAUAUGGCACAAUCACAAGCUGAGGUCCAACCGAGUGCUUUGCCAUUGUCCAUGAGGAAGUGUUCAGAUUCUCUGGGGCACCCUGUCAAUUCAGGAAUGAGCCAGAAACCCUACCAGAGCCCUCCAGUAAACUUAACGAUGACUUCUCACAUGCAAGAAAAUCAGAUUCUUAGCCAACUGUUAGGGUAUGGACAAAAUGGCCAAUGGAGUUAUAGCCCUUCCCAAAUCUCUUCCUCUCAAGAUACUUCCUCCCUACCGUCUCUAGACCUACCAUGGGGCACUAUUAAACGGCAGUCAUCAGGCAUGAGCCAGCAGCAAUACCCCCUGCCCUUCACCUCUAGCCAAGCAGAAAGUCUGGCUCUUCUUCCAACAGUGAAGAUGGAACAUGGCAACCUGAAAACCGACACAGAUGCGGCUCCUUUCGCUUCUGUCCACAUCCAGGAGGGCCUAAACCCUGGCCACUUGAAGAAGGCUAAAUUGAUGUUUUUCUUCACUCGUUAUCCAAGCUCCAGCCUCCUGAAAGCCUAUUUCCCUGAUGUUCAGUUCAAUCGCUGCAUCACCUCCCAGCUUAUCAAGUGGUUCAGUAAUUUUCGUGAGUUUUAUUAUAUCCAGAUGGAAAAAUUUGCUCGACAAGCUAUCUCUGAUGGAAUCACAAACCCAAACAUGCUAAAAGUCCCCAGGAACUCAGAACUCUUCCGGACUCUCAACUUGCACUACAAUAAGGGAAAUGACUUUGAGGUCCCAGACCAGUUCCUGGAGAUUGCCAGUCUGACACUGCAGGAGUUCUUCAAUGCUGUCACAGCAGGAAAAGACUCAGACCCCUCCUGGAAGAAACCCAUUUAUAAAAUCAUUUCAAAACUGGACAGUGACAUUCCUGAGAUAUUCAAAUCUUCCAGCUGUCCGCAGGAGCUACUUCGGAAUUAAGAGUCUACUAGAACAAGAGAGCUGUCCUUUUUCGUGACGAGAAAAGUGGAAGAAUGGGCCUGGGCCUAACAUGCAUGUGUAUUAAAAGGGUGAAGAAUAGAGCUUUACUCAUAUGGAAAAGCAAAAAAUAAAUAGGACAGUUACCAUUUCUUUGCCAGUAUUCUCUUCCCUGAGUUUCAAAAGAUUUAAUACUAUGACAUUACAUCUGUUAAGUGCAACUGGUUAGUUUCACACGUGUUAUGUAGGAUUAUCUUGCAUGUAGUAUUUGGAACUUAGAAAGGAUUCCAUAGGAUUAUAUCCUGGCCCUCUUGGCCGGGUGCUGAAUUUCUACGUUGUCCACAAUCGAUAUAUUCAUAAGUAUCCCACCUCCACGGGAUACAUAUAACAUACAGUAGUAAGUCAGAGAUAUCCAGCAAUGGCUAAGGCCCCAGAUAUAGUUUAGUACCUACUGCUUUAGCUGAGGGAUCCAGGACACACUUACAUAGCGCUGCAGAGAUCAACUUGCUGUAGGAACUUAAUGAGACUUUACAGUGUCACAGACCUUAAAUACACUGCAGUUCACUCGCUACUAUCAGCGGGUAAACAGCCAAUCAGCCAAUCAGCCAGGAGCUAUCAAAGGUCUCUAGUUAUCCACUGCAGUUGAUGCCCGGGGAGGUAGCUUUUGGUGAUGAUAAUUCCCCACGGCAAACAAGGUUUCACCAAAGAUCUCAGGAGCUCGGCGGCACUGCACGCUGUACACUACGGCAUUCACGAGAUCAC